AUGUAUUCUCAGCGACCAUUAUCUUAUGCUCCGACUCCCUACAGCUACACACCAAACCCUGCGCGGUCUGCUUCCAUCAAUCUAGAUGAGGAAGUCAAGUUGGUCUCCAGUUCAGGAGAAAGAGAUUUAUACGAAUCUCUCGCCGAGAUAUACAGCAUAAUUGUUACCCUUGAUGGGUUGGAGAAGGCAUACAUCAAAGACGUUGUCACGGAGGCGGAGUAUACCGAGACAUGCACACGACUCCUGAAGCAGUACAAAUCUAGUCUGGGGGAUGAAACCGUGUCGCGCGAGUUCAUUGAUUUGGAAACUUUCAAACGAACAUGGGGGAUGGAAUGUCCUCGGGCGACUGAACGACUGCGAAUCGGUCUUCCUGCGACUGUUGAACAGGCCUCGCAUGGAGCACCCACUUCUAGUAGUGUGACAGCUGGGAACUCAGUCGGUGGUGCAUCCGGCAGUCUAAUUCUAGCGGCGACAGAGAACUUCAUCACAUUCCUCGAUGCAUUGAAGCUGAAUAUGGUUUCGAAGGAUGCACUACACCCGUUGCUAUCAGAAGUGAUUCAGUCAGUCAACAAAGUCACUGACGGAGAUUUUGAGAAUCGCGGCAAAAUCAUUCAAUGGCUGAUUGCGCUAAAUCAAAUGCGGGCUACGGAAGAGCUGAGCGAAGACCAAGCACGGGAGCUGGCAUUUGAUAUUGAGCAAGCUUAUCAGGGAUUUAAGGCUACGUUGAACUAA